AGCACGGUUCGACCACGGUGGGCACGGUGUGUUGGGUGUUCCGCGUGUAUGUACGCGUGUUGUCAUCAUCGCUAAAAAAAAACACGGAGAGAACUGAGCCGGACACAAUACGCGAGUGAACACGCUGAUGCUGCAAGUAAAAACCAAGAUCUGACUGAUAAUAGCCGAUAAGAACUGAUAAUAAAAACUAAAGAUGGAAGGAGAAUCGGAAAAUAAUGUUUCUAAUAAAAAUUCCAAAUCAAUUACUUGGCCAUACAUGAAUGUCAGUUCGCUAUCCAUAUCAUUUUUGACUAAACUGACGGCAGCUGGUAUCAUCUGGGGAUGGGGAUAUUUCAACUACAGCAUAGCCUGGCUGAUUGCGCCAAUCGCGUUUUCCGUAUGGAAGGCAGAACGAAAAAAGGACAACGAAUUAAGAACGAUUACAGCACAGGCGAGCGUGCUGGCUAAGGAAAAGGAAUUGAUCGUCAAUCGAAUGAACGAAUUACCCUCGUGGGUGUAUUUCCCGGACUUUGAUAGAGCCGAGUGGCUGAACAGAAUCUUAUAUAAAGUGUGGCCAAGUAUGAAUCAAUUCGUCCGUCAGUUGUGUAAGCAAAGUAUAGAACCGUCGAUUGUUGAGAAACUGACUGAAUAUAAAAUCAAAGGCUUUCAAUUUGACCGUCUGGUUCUGGGUCGCAUUCCACCAAAAAUAUACGGGAUCAAAGUGUAUGAUAAAAAUACCUCAAGAAACGAGAUCAUCUUAGAUGCAGACAUUAUGUAUGCUGGCGACUGUGAUAUUACCUUUUUCGUUGGAAACAUUAAAGGUGGUAUUAGGGACUUUCAAAUACAUGGAUUGGUGCGCGUUGUUAUGAAACCUAUGCUGCCGAUGAUGCCGUUAAUCGGAGGUGUACAGAUAUUCUACUUGAAUGUUCCUACUAUUAACUUCAAUUUAGUAGGAGUGGCUGAUGUAUUAGAUCUACCUGGAUUCAAUGAAAUUUUAAGGAAGACAAUCGUUGAACAGAUAGCAGCCAUUCUUGUAUUACCGAACAAAAUAAUUAUACCCUUAAGCCAAGAAGUACCCAUGGAGUCCUUAAAAAUACCUGAACCUGAAGGCGUUCUGAGAAUUCAUGUAGUAGAAGCAAAGCAUCUGAUGAAAAAAGAUAUUGGAAUGUUAGGUAAGGGCAAGUCUGAUCCGUAUGCCGUCAUAAAUGUUGGUGCCCAGGAAUUUAGAACAAAAACUAUUGACAAUACCGUUAAUCCAAAAUGGGACUUCUGGUGUGAGGCUAUGAUCAGUUCAUGCAAUAUGCAAGAAGCUGUGGUAUCUCUUUGGGAUUGGGAUGCAAAUGUCCCAGGGGUACAAUAUGAUGAUUUCCUUGGCAGGGCCACCAUCGAAGUUAAUCAAGUGAAGAAAAAGGGCACGAUCGAUACAUGGAUCUCCUUGGAGCAAGCAAAACACGGCAUGGUUCAUUUGCGAUUAACAUGGCUACAAUUUUCGAGAGACUCUGCCGAUUUAAAAGCUGCUCUAAUAGAAACCCAAGAACUUAGAGUUACAUCGAUGAGUACAGCCGUUCUAAUACUCUAUAUCGAUUCUGCUAAAAAUUUGCCGUGCAUCCGAGGAAAUAAACAACCCGACGUUUAUUUGGAAGCGAGCGUGGGUGGAAAGAAAGAGAGAACAGCCACUGUACCACGUUCUUGUGAUCCUGUGUGGGAACGAGGAUUCACUUUUUUAGUUAGCAACCCCGAAACUGGAAUUUUGCACAUGAAGAUUAUAGAUGAGAAAACUGCCAUGACAGUUGGGGAAAUGAGGUAUAAUCUUUCCCUACUUUUGGAAAGGAAUAAUCUCGAGGUGACGCAACAACCGUACAAUUUGCAAAAGGCCGAAGCGGAUAGCAAGCUUGUGCUGUCAAUGUCAUUAAAUAUCCUGAAAUAUGAACAGCCUGAACCCACUUCCGAGGAAGAUGAAGAUGAUCAUGAUAUCAAUGAAAUAAAUAAACGAAUCGAACGUCAAGAGUCCAACAUUAGUAACAUGGUGUCUUCCAGUGUACCACCGAGUCCGCUUAAAAAACAGCCGUCGAAAGAAUCGGUCAACAGUCAACCUCGCACUGGAUCCCCCGCAGCACUUUUGCCUGAGGAACCAGCAGCGGUGGAAGAAGAAUUAAUAGUCAGCACUAGCGCUCCGUCCUCUUUCACCGGAAGCCCUCAGCUUAUCCACAGAAACCCGAGCGUCACGUCUUCCUCGGGCGAAGCGAAAUUAGGGAGAAUACAAUUGACUAUACGUUACAGUUCGCAAAGGCAAAAGCUUACCGUUUUCGUACACAAAGUUUCUAAUCUGCCGCUUCCCCAAAACGAUCCACAUAAUAUACCGGAUCCGUACGUAAAACUCUACAUUUUGCCGGACAAGCACAAAGAAACGAAACGCAAAACUGCUGUGGUAAAGGACAACUGCAACCCAACGUUCGACGAGCAAUUCGAAUACGUGGUCUCGCAGGGAGAUUUAAAUACGCGCGUAUUAGAAGUGUCUGUGUGCACACAAAAGGGUUGGCUCUCUACCGGGAGCAACGUGAUGGGACAGAUUCACUUGAAAUUGAGCGAAAUUAACAUCUCGAAGACUGUCACCAGCUGGUACGACUUACAACCGGAAAUUAAAGACUAGAAGAAGAGGAAAAGUAAGUGGGGAUUUGAGCGUUUGUGCGUCUGCUUGACGAAACAACCGCUCAAAUACCCACUUAAUAACUUGUACAAACGAUGAAAGUCUCAGAUAUUACAAUUACCUCUAUAUUACGUUGAUCAUUGUUGAAUUUACGACUUAUUCAGGUAAGUUGCUAUGCGGUGCUAUGCGAGAUGCGAGACGUCUUGCGAGAAACGAUGAAAGAUAUUAUUUAAAGAGGUAUUCGUACUUACGCCGUAUAAUGGCAUGAAAUGAUCUGAUAUGUAAUAUAUAUUGCCGCAAUCAUACAACAGAGGCGGAUUGGCUUGUAACUUGAUUUAGUAACUUGAAGAUAAUCUAUAAAAUAUUUGAAUACGAUACACACGCGAAGAGAUCUCAACAAACAAGGCUUUAUUGUUAUCCCGCGUUUGAAAAUGUGCCUAAAACAGUUAAACGCUGGACGUUUAAUUGAAGAAUCCAUUUGGCAUGCAAUACAUAUUAUAUCCGUGAAUCUCGAUUGUAAGUGAGCAUUCGUAAUUUAUGAGAAUACGAAAAAAUAGUGAUUAAACGCACGUGCGUAAGGAAUAUUGAAAAUUUCUCAUGCCCCAAUACCGAUCCGCAUCUGGUAUCAAAUAUAUUUUGUACUUUCCUUUCUGUUUAUGCGAUGAUUGAGUUGCGGCAUAAAAUACACACUAGGUGCAGAUACUAUUACUAAAUGAUCUGAAUAAUGUAGUAUAUAACAUGACUAAUUUAUAUGCUAAUGAAAGCUAGUUAAGUAAGAUGCCAAUUUUGCGACAUUGUGUUUUUUUUUUUACUAUAUUCCAAUACUGUUUUAUUACUAAUAAAAUUAAAUAAUGCAUUUAUCAAUUGCACAAGCAAUUAAAUGAAUGAUUAUACUAAUAUUAAAAAAUUAAUAUUUUAUAAGAUUCACAUUGGUAUAUAAGUUAUACGUCAAUAUAGUUUUAAUACGGCAUUCUUAAAACCAAAUUAUUAUAUACGCUUUAUACUUGUAUUGGAGAUUUUGCUACAUUAUACAUACAUGUGUACACACAUAAAUAUAUCUAUGUAUCUAUAUUCUGUGACGCGCACGACUCCGUCAAUACUGUCACAAAUUGUUGAGAACAAUAAACAUUAUGUGCAUUGUCA